AUGUACAUAGUACUCGCCUACAUACUAAUUCAACUGAUCACAAACCAGAAAUUUCUCUUGGCGCACACUAACGAAACGAAGUUAUUCAAAACUGCUAUUGAAACAGUUUCCUUUUGGCCCCCCGAUUGCUAUAUGAAUGAGGAUACUGCUUGUGAUUGCAAUGGAGAUGUCUCUUGUAAUAUUUCCGACGAACUCAGUGGUAUUUACAUCACAUUUUUUUCACAAUUCCGGAACCUGUUGGUAGAAUGUCCCGUAGAAACAAAAGCUAAUGUCAAUUUUAUACUCCAGCGAAAAUUUCAGUCAAUUCUACUUAAAACCCGUUACUUGCAAAUAUUCGUCAAAGGUCUAAGAAACCAGUACUUAACGCUGCAGAACUUGACGCAAGCUCACUUUGAAAACUUCAGAGCGCUUAGACUACUUGACUUAGCCGGAAAUAAUAUGCAAAUGUUGGACGCAAAUAUCUUUGUAGGGCUAACGAAAUUGAAUUGUCUGAAUUUGAGCCGUAAUGAAAUUCGGGAAUUGCCCGAAAAUCUAUUUGCAAAUCAGCGUCAACUUUUAAUACUGGAUCUGAGUCACAAUUCAUUGACAUAUUUAACGCCACACCUUUUCAAUCAAACUCCUUUAUUAUGGCAAUUGAAACUUGGUGGCAAUCACUUGCACGAUACAACAAAUGUUAUGGAAAAUCUGAAACCGCUUCAUCAUCUACAUAGGCUAGACUUAAGUCAGAAUCAACUGCAAACUAUUUGGAGCAUUGAGACUUCCGUCAAUACAACACCAAGGCCACUGACAAAUUUUCGGUACAACAAUAUGGGCCUGAAUCCGGUUUUAGCCGGCAGUCUUAAUUAUAUCAGAGAGUUGCAACCAGAAAUUUACGAAGGUGGGAAGCUUAACUCAAAAGUAAUUAAUUUAAGUGGAAACCAUUUGCGCGUGUUCACUUUAGAUUGGCUUAUAGCAGCGGAAAUUACAUGCCCGUUUGAAAUAAACCUAGAGUACAAUUUCAUUAAAAACAUCCUAACCUCAAAAAAAUCACCCGAUACAACUGACGAUUGUGCUCGCGAAAUCAAAAUUACUGGUAAUCCAAUAGUGUGCGAUUGCAAAUUUCCUUGGAUAUACAGUGAAAAUUAUCGUUCGCUGUUCAAUCGUUUGCAGUGCAUUCAAACGUCAACCAAACUAAUAACAGAUCACGCUCAGCUGGAACAAAAUGAACUGUGUGCUUGGGAACCGGUAAUGUGCCCCACUAAAUGCAGAUGUUACGCACAAUCUGAAUUCCUGUACAUCAAAUGCAAGGAUGUGCAACAUAUCGAACAGCUCCCACGUCCUGAGCAAUUUGGGCUCAAGAGUUCGGUGCUUGAUAUUAGCGAUAAUAAUUUCAUUGAAUUGCCACUAAACACCACUUUCGGCUAUGGAAACGUUUCGCAACUCAACGCGUCCUAUAAUGAAAUCACGAACAUUAGUCUCGCCCAACUGCCAACCAAUUUAACGGUUUUUGAUCUACGAAAUAAUCACUUAAAAUCUUUAGAUGAUGAAUUUUUACGUAUAUACCUCAAUAACAGCGCACAACUACAAUUUCUCUAUCUCAGUGAAAAUCCUUGGUUUUGCGACUGCACCACGCAGAAUUUGCUGUACACCAUACGCACACAUCGGACACGAAUACCCGAUGUCGAGCAGUUAAUCUGUGCCUAUCAGCAGAAUGUUACACUCCUAACAGCAAAUGUGAGCGAAUUAUGUCAAAAUUAUUAUCGGCAAAUGAUAGCAACUCACUUGAAUGCUACUGUGAUUUCUGUAGCGUUAACCAUUAUUAUCUUACUUUGCAUUAUUGCACUUUUUUAUAAAUAUAAAUUGGAAGUGAAAGUCUGGUUAUAUAGCCACAACAUAUUGAGAUUUUGGAUUAACGAAUGUGAGCUGGAUAAGCAUAAAAAAUUCGAUGCGUUUAUUUCGUAUGCACACCAGGAUGCAGACUUCGUCAACCAUACAUUACUGCCGCAACUCGAACAGUGCGAACCACCAUUUUGUGUGUGCACGCACGAACGCAAUUGGUUGGCUGGCGCUUAUAUACCUGAACAAAUCAUUGAAUCGGUGGAGCAGUCACGUCGGACGAUCAUUGUGCUCUCGCAGCACUUCAUCGAGUCGGAUUGGGCGCGGAUGGAGUUUCGCACAGCGCAUCAGUGCUCGUUGAACGAAGGUCGUGCGCGCAUAAUAAUGAUUAAAUAUGGUGAAAUCGCGAACAGUGAGUUUUUGGAUAAAGAACUCAAGGCAUAUCUGGAUAUGAAUACAUAUCUGGAUUGGCAAGAUAUCAGAUUUUGGGAUAAAUUACGCUAUGCCAUGCCUCAUAAAGUGGGUGGAGAGACGAAUUCCGAUAUGCUUGAAGUUAAUGGUAGAAUGUAUGUUAUGGGCCAAGUUGAGAUGAAUCGUUUGCGUGAUGAGAGUGUUUGA